AUGGCAAUUCGAGCGGAACGAGACAGAGGAGGGGAGGAGGGGGAGGAUAUUGGUGAUGCUGAAGAUGAUGUUGAAGAUGAUGCUGAAGGUGAUGCUGGAGAAGAUGAUGAUGAGAAGAAGGAGAAUGAGAAUGGUGGUAGUAGUGUGUUGUUUUUGGCAGUGGCGCUGAUGCUACACGGCGAGCACGACGCCAAUCCCCGUAGCUGGCAAAUGUUGUAUUAA